UGUACAGAACAAAUCCUUAGCAGGAAGGAGACAGGACACGGACAUUGUGGGGGGAAAAAUCAGGAAGAUGGUUACAGGAGCUUAUUUAGAGCACAUGCUUCCCCUUGAUUUUGGUAAGGUUAAUUUUUUACUCUUUCUUAACUUCAUCCUCAGAGGACAAACCCUUUGCAGAACUGAAUCACUGCAGCUGGACCCGCACUAUGAACUAAUAACCUCUGUAAUCAUUUGUGAAGCCUUAUUCUUUUUUUUUUUUUUUUAAUGGGAGUUGGUAACUGAAAGAAUCCUGCCAAUUAUACUGAAGUGAUUUGAACAAAAGGAGAAAUUGCUUCACAGCCUUAUGACACAGCAUCUACAGCAAGUGAUGAUGUGGCACAAAGCAGUUUUUUUCAUUUUACUGGCAAAUCAGAAGAGGGGCCAAGGCUGUUAUUUUGUGUUGCCUUCCCACAAGGCUCCUUACCACAAAAUAUGGCUUAGGCAGAUCUUUUGUUCCUCCAGCUGGGCUAGGCUGAGUCUCAGAUGAUUUCACCAGCACAAGAACUUGCUGCCCUCUACGAGGAACUUCUCAGACUUCCAAAGAGUCACAACAUUUAAAUUCCAAUAUGGGGAUUCUGAGCUACCAAUUGAUCCUCCUGUGGGCUGCUUUGGUCUCUUGUCAGUAUGAAGACUACGAUUUUGAGGAUGAAUAUGGUGGGGAGCCAGAACAACUCCCAUAUUAUUUUAACCCAAACACGCAAGUUGAAGCUCCUCGUUUUCCUUUUCCAGUGGAGUGUGCCAAAGAAUGCUUCUGUCCACCAGCUUUUCCCUUGUCCAUGUACUGUGACCACCGGAAACUCAAGACAAUUCCAAACAUCCCCAGUCAUGUCCAACAACUUUAUUUGCAGAACAACAACAUCGAAGCCGUGCCUGCAGGACCAUUCACUAAUGCUACCUUCGUCAGGGAAAUCAACCUCAGCUACAACAAUAUUAAAUUCCAUAUGAUUGACCACGGUGUUUUUGCCAAACUUUCAAACCUAGUUCAACUUCAUUUGCAACACAAUGAAUUAGAAGAAUUUCCAUCCCCUCUGCCCAGCUCUCUAGAGAGACUCCUCCUUGGUUUCAAUAAAAUUUCCCGCUUACCUGGAAAUGCAUUGGAAGGAUUGCCCAACAUGACCAUGCUUGACCUUUGCAAUAACUUACUUGAUGACUCGGUAUUCAAAGAAAAACCCUUUUCAAACAUGAACAAUUUAAUGCAGCUCAACUUAGGCAACAACAAAUUACAGACAAUGCCUCCUGACCUACCACCAUCACUUCAGCAUCUUUCUCUUGAAAAUAACUCCAUUUCUCAUAUUCCAGAAAACUAUUUCAACAGACUUCCCCAAAUCAUUGCCCUAAGAAUGUCCCACAAUAACCUGCAGAACAUUCCACACGACACCUUUAAUCUACCCAAUCUUCUAGAACUUCAUCUUGGACAUAACAAACUAAAACAAGUGUUCUAUAUUCCAAGAAGUUUGCAGCAUUUGUACAUUGAAGACAAUGAAAUUGAAAACAUCAAUGUUACUGUGAUGUGUCCAGCUCUGGACCCACUGCACAUCAAGCAGUUAACCUACAUCCGGGUGGACCAGAACAAGCUGACGAGCCCCAUCAGCAGCUACGCCUUCUUCUGCUUCCCCCUCAUCAGAACCAUUUAUUAUGGAGAGCAGAAUGUCAGUGGCAGCAGGCCCUCCCAGCUCAGAACGCCGGUGUUCCGGCGGUUCCUAACAGCAGAGGAGCUCCAGGAGGCAGAAGACAAUCAGGAAACGCUCAAUCAAGAAACUGAAGAAGAUCAUGAAGCUGAGGACAGCUAUUUUCAUCCUUACUAUCACUGAAGUAAUCAUGGUUAAGAAGUACAUACAGAAAUAUUUCAUUAGUCUGGGUUAUUCACAGCUAUCUUAGAACAAGUGGGAGGUUUGGGAUAGUCAAGAUGCAUCUAUAAAGUGGAGAUAGGAAUUUAAAGUAGGUAAAUGUCCUAUUAUUGGUGUAGUCAAGAACAAUACGAGGAUCAAAGAGCAUUAGAUAAAGGUCUGACACAUAACCCGGGUUAAUGAUGGGCUCACCUUUGGGUGAGAGCUGAAGUGAAAGAAAACUGACCUGAAAAGCUUCUCUGUUCUAAAGUGAUCCAAUUGCAAAAUGACUGAAAUACAAAUCAGUGUCAUAACUCAAUAGGAACAAGGGAUGAAGGCCAAAAAUCCACCAGAGUAAAGGACAAGAGACUGAGAUUAAAAAAUACUUCCAACAAAGUUCCUCCACAUCUCCCAGAAAUACAGAUAUUUCCUCCAAUUUCUAAUUGGAUGAGGACAUCACAAAUAUGGAGCUUCAAACCUUCCCCAUUUUAUGUUUCAACUGUCCUGACAAGCUGUAUUAUAAUAUUCACUUCUUUGGCUGUUCUUUAACUACCACAAUCUUUCAAAGGAGAUUUUAGCUUAUCACUAACACAGGCAAUAAAGAAUCUUUCUCCAAGCUGCUGGGUUCUAGGGAAAAGCAUGUGCAUUAACACAGCUGAACCAUCAGCAUUUAUACUUUCCCUGUGCUCCAGCCCAUGCUAUUUUAGAAGACACAUAGAAAUGUCAUCUUUGCAUUUAGAAUUAUUCAUCAAGUAGAACAGGAACAAAGAAAAGCAUGGCAGGUUUUUUUUAACUAUUAAUUCAGGCUAUCCCUCUGCACAGCUAAUACCCAUUAGCUGUAUUCUGCUUCAAAAUAGAAUCAAUGUUGCUUUAAGUAAACUGAAGAAAACUUUGAGCUAUGCAAAUUUUUGUCAUAUCUUAUGCCUAGAAACAGAUCCAGAUAACUACAAGGAAAGAUAGCACUGUAGAGCACUUUACUGCCUUUUAAAAAUAAUUUCUUUAUUUUUCAGCAUUUUUUUCCCUGAUAGAGAUUUACUAGCUGUGAGGGAAAAAAAGCCAUGUUUUCAACAGCAAAAUGAAAUGUCUGCAACUGAUAGUUCAAUACAUCAAUACCAGCUUUGCAUAAUUUUAUGUAGUCUUUUUAGUUGUCCUACACUUAAAAGUACAACAUAAUCAGAUUUCUAUUAGCAUUUGAGAAGUUAAGCAGGUUUCAUUUCUUCUCUUAAAAUUCCAAUUAUUUUUUUUAAUCCCAUCUUCAUAUUUAUGGUUUCUUAUGUAUCAAAUGAAAUAUCAAGAAAAUUAAAAUACUUAAUGACUUCUUUUUAAGAGAAAGAGAUUUAUUGUAAAGCUAUGAAUAUAAACUAUAAGAAUAUAUAGAGUCUUUAAGAAUGGUUAUAAGAAUUUGUGGGUACAAAAUUUAUUCUAUUAUUAUUAACUUGUGGAUCUUCAGCCAACUAACUCAAGAAAUCUGUUCCUCUCUCCUUCCCCUUUUUCUUACCUGCAUUCUGAACAGAUCCAGUAUUCAUAGCAAAUUAUUUUAUGGUCACCCCACAAAUUCACAAUGCUACAGAAUUUGUCUGCUCUUUUUUAAAAAAAAAUUAUUAACAUUUAUCACCCUCAAACACCUCUGGGCUUCUGAAUAAGAAACACAUGCAUGUAUUCAUCCCUUCAUUUAAGUACUCAGUAUCAUUUAUAUGCAAGAAUUUAGAUAUAUCUAGAACUUCAUUGCUUUAUUAAUAUAUACAUGUAGUAUAUUAACCUUCGGGAACCUUUCAGCUAUUUCAGAUUUUAAGUGAAUGGUGCACAAAAUGCAAAACUAAAAUAAGAGGCUCUUUUGAAAGGCUUGCUCAGCUUUAAAAAUAAAAGAACACUAUCCAGCUAUAGUAUGAAUAUUACAUCUUUUAUCAAAAACUUUCUGCUUUUUAAAGACAUUUAUGAAACAAAGCUUAGCUUUAGUUUUAAAGUAGAAGUCAAAAUAUUGGUGUUAUAUGAAUUUCUCAAAGUCAAACUGGAAAUUAUUGCAAACUUCAGAGCUGUCUUAUUACACUUGACUCAUGCAGAUGGAACAUGAAAUUUGUAUUACAAGCAGAACUAUUGUAUCUCACUUUUUUUCAAUUAAUAUUAUAAUAUCAUCUGUAGGAUAUAGGACACUUAUUCCAGAAGGGCUUUUACAGUGGACAGGGAACUCAAGACUUGUUAGCCUUAGAGAAAUGAGAAUUGACAAUAAAGUACUGGAUUAAUGGAUAAUCUAUCUGAGUGCAAUUUGCUCUGGUAAUACAGGGGACUGCCUGUCAUGAUGUUUUUGCCUUGCCAAUACCUUGGAGUUCUCUGAGGGAAUCAUGAAAGUUGUGGAAAAGGGAAAUCCUGGUCCAAACAGCCUACAAAAAAUCCUGAAGGUUUUUAAGGAAAUUAAGUUGCCACAGAUUAAAAGGCAACAUCACAACCAAAAAAAUCAAAAUAUGAGAAACAGCCUAAGAAUAAGUGUUCUUAUUAUGGAGGGGAUCCCGCUGGUGGAACUUUGCAAAGGGCCUGUGCUGGAAUUUAUUCCAUUUAAAAUGUUAGCAAGAGAUAGACAAACCAGGCUGAGAAGAAGGACGCCAACAAUGACUGCUCAGUGUUGCUAAGGAAUGGCUGCAAAAGCCCUCAGGAUGCUAAAAGAGCCAAUGGAGCUCAUCAGUGCUAAAUGAGAAGUGAUGUCCCUGGAAAUGAUGAUCUCAGUCCCACAUUAAAACUCAUGAGGGAUGACCUCACCACCAUCACUCAGCAGCAAGGCUCAGGAGUGCUGCAGUAGCCAUAGGUGUGUGCAGUGAAAACACUGCCUCAGCACCCAGGAGUCAUAAAAAGGAAAAUCAAAUGUAGAGAGUAACUAGAGACAAAUGGAAAACAAGAGACACCAAGACACUGCCAUAAAUCUGUGGCUCACGCAGACAUUAAAUGCAGUAUUGAUUUCCAAAGCCUCAGGUAGCUGGUGUAAUUACAGAGGGCAUGAUUGGAAAAGGAUCAGAGCAAGGUCAGCAAAGGUAAGAAAUGGCAGCUAUGAGACACUAAUUUUGAAACUUUGAGAAAAGCCAAGGUUGCAGUUAACAAUAGAUGUUCCUGAUUUAGCUGAAAUGAAUAGAUAAGCUUUGCUGAAAUCAGUUAAAAGUUAGAGGAUGGUUAGAAGAAACCAGAUUUAAGAUAAGCUACCCCGGAUUUAAUAACUCAUUGCUUGUCAAACAGAGAAACUAAUCAAUACAACACAAGACCUCCUGUUUCCAGAAACCCACUGAAAUAGUCCUGGAAAACAGGAAACAGGUAGUUCUACUAGCCAUUAAUCACAUCUGCAGUGAAAAGGUUGGAAGUUUAGAACGAGGAAGACUCGUUUUACUUCCUCCUUUUGGUGACCACUCCUCACAAAAGGACCCCUGACCCAUUUCAGGGAACAAACUCCGCAUGCUUAAUAGCCUUUGUGUCAAUUAGCAUACAAAGCGGAGAAGAGGAAGUGACAGGGGUAUGAAUAUGCAUUUGUAUUUUGUGUAUUCAACAU